GUAACCGGAAGUAAACACGCCGCUGUGUAACGCCGUGUGGACGGGCUGUACGGACAGAACCGGAGCUUCGCGGGGCAGUAAUGCAGAGUUGAGAAGCUGCUGGUUGUUCUUCGGAGCUCCACCAUGUCCGGAGCGGCAGCGCGGCUGCUCUUCUACCCGACUCUGGCCUACAAUGUGGUCAUGGAGAAGGUUUCCUCCCGGAGGUGGUUCGACCGGGUGGACGACACGGUCAUCCUGGGGGCGCUGCCGUUCAGGUCCAUGACCAAGCAGCUGGUGGAGACAGAAAAUGUCCGGGGAGUUGUCACCAUGAAUGAAACGUAUGAAACCAAAUAUUUCUGCAACUCGGCCGAGGAGUGGCGAGAUGCAGGUGUGGAGCAGCUGAGGCUGAGCACCGUGGACCUGACCGGAGUCCCCACCCUGCACAACCUCCAUCAGGGGGUGGAGUUCGCCCUGCAGCACAGGCAGCAGGGGACCAGCGUCUACAUCCACUGCAAGGCGGGCCGUUCCCGCAGCGCCACGCUGGUCGCUGCCUACCUCAUCCGGCUCCACAGCUGGACUCCAGAAGAAGCCUGUCAGCGGCUGGCGUCCAUCAGGCCGCACAUCCUGGUGCGCUCGGCUCAGCGGGAGAUGCUCAGGAAAUACUACCAGGAUGUGUGUGGGGCUUCCAGCUGAGAAACCAGCCUGGCGGAGGGUCAAACAUUCACAUUCAGGAUGAAAACUGGGCUGAGAGAAGGUGGUGUUGUUCUCACACAAUCUCAAAGUUUUCCAUUUUCACUUGUUCAUGUAUUUGUUUUGAAGUCAGGGUUUUGUGUGUUUUACAUGAAAAUUGUUUGUUUUUACAAUUAAGCUUACAAUUCUGUUUUGUGACUCUUUCGCUUUUUACUUUCAACUGAAAAGUGGAACAAUACUAUGGAAAAUGGAAUUGGUAACUUACUAGAGCAGAGAUUUUGUACCAUGGAAAAUUUUUAUUUCAUUAUAUUUGUCAAAGGAUAUAAAAAUAAAGCAGAUGAAGGCUAAUAAAUAUUUGUAACUAAA